AUGUCAGACCGCAAGAAAAGCAAGAAGGGCAGCGGAGGGAAACGAGCCGCCGCCGGCCCAGUCAUCACCGAUCCCCGAUUCGCAAAUAUCCAAACAGACCCUCGCUACCGCCUUCCCAGUAAACGACACACCCACGUAAAGCUCGAUAAACGAUUCGCGCAUAUCCUGCACGACAAAGAAUUCUCGAGAAAUGCCGCUGUUGACAGAUACGGCCGAAAGCUAGCGCGCGAUGACACAAAGAAGCACCUGGAACGAUUCUACCGCCUGGGCGAUGACGAGGGCGAGGAAGAUGAUGACGACGAAGAAGAGGAGGACGACAAACUUAGCAUUGAUGAUGACGAGGUCUUGAGAGAAUUGAAAAAAGCUGACAGCAAAGCUGCCGGGUAUGAUCCCGCGCGCGAUGGAGGCUUCUCUGAGUCGUCCUCCGAAGAGGAGACUGAUGAUGAGGACGAGGAUGAAGAUGAAGAGGAGGAAGCUCUGGGGGGCGAGGAGCUAGAUUUCCCCGAUAAGCAGAGGGAGGAUGUGCCGAUCGGAGAGGUGACGAAUCGCAUUGCAGUGGUUAAUUUGGACUGGGAUAAUAUCCGGGCUGAGGAUCUGAUGGCCGUGUUCUCAAGCUUUACGCCGGCCGGUGGGAAAGUGACGAAGGUUGUUGUCUACCCGAGCGAAUUUGGAAAGGAGCGGAUGGAGAAGGAGGAGACUGAGGGACCACCCAGAGAGAUUUUCGCUACUCAAGACGAGGAUGAGGAUGACGAGGAAAGCGACGAGGAAGAGGAAGAGCUCGAUUCCGAUGAGGAGGAGGAAAAGAUCAAGAAGUCUAUUUUGAAGGAGGAUCAGGGAGAGGAGUUCAACACUACACAACUUCGGAAGUAUCAGUUGGAGCGACUACGCUACUAUUAUGCCAUCCUGACAUUCUCUUCGAAGGAAGCUGCGAAGCAUGUUUACGACAACGUUGAUGGCGCAGAGUAUUUGACCAGUGCUAACUUUUUCGACCUUCGUUUCGUGCCUGACGAUACGGACUUCUCCGAUGACCAGCCACGAGACGAGUGCGAGCGUAUUCCGGACGGAUACCAGCCAAAUGACUUCGUUACAGACGCCCUCCAACACAGCAAGGUUAAGCUGACCUGGGAUGCGGACGACAAAUCACGCAAGGAAGCCCAGGCACGGGCGUUCCGAGGCAGCCGCAAGGACAUUGACGAGAAUGACUUGAAAGCCUACCUAGCGAGUGACAGCUCUGACGAUGAAGAGGAGGGAGGCGUCGAUAUCAUUGAUGGCACAAAGGGUGAAGGCUCCAAGACGUCAGCGAAGGAGGAAGAGAGGAAACGCAUGCGAGCGCUUCUCGGUUUGAGUGCGGAGCCGGCUCCGACCUCCAAGUCCGAUGGCCCUGUUGGUGAAAUGGAGGUCACUUUCACAUCUGGUUUGGCAGGUGAGCCCAACCGCGACACAAUCUUUGAGAACGAGCCCGAGGAGACGAGCGUUGAGAAAUACCUGCGCAAGGAGCGCGAGAGGAAGAAGCGACGAAAGGAUAAAAUGAAGGGCAACAAGGGCGACGAGGCUGAUGGCGACAAGAAGGAGGACGCUGGCGAAGCAAAGGCACAGGAAGACGAAGAAGACCUGGGCUUCAACGAUCCAUUCUUCCUUGAUCCUUCCGACAAGGCUGCCACUGCUGCUCGCCGCAAGGAGGAGAAACGCAAGAAGCGAACAGAGCGUGCAGCUGAGGAAGCAGCCGCCGCAGCCAAACGGGCAGAGUUAGAACUGCUGAUGAUGGACGACGAAGAUGCCAAGUCUGGAAUGAGGCACUUUGAUAUGAAUGAGAUUGCCAAGGCUGAGAAGCAGGCCCGCAAGAAGAAGGGCAAGAGCAAGAGAAAGGAAGAGGCAGCUCAGGCUGUCCCUGACAACUUUGAAAUGGACGUCAGUGAUCCUCGAUUCUCGCGCCUCUUCCAGAACCACGAAUUUGCGAUCGAUCCUACCAACUCCCGGUUCAAGGCGACGUCGGGCAUGAAAGCCCUGCUCGAGGAGGGCCGUAAACGACGUAGGGACAGGGAUGAGCGUGGCGAUGAGGAGGACCUCAGUCGUGAUUCGAAGAAGCAGAAGCAGCGGUCUAAGAAGAGCGCCUCAGCGGGAGAUGGCACGGAUGAUUUGAAAACAUUAGUGGAAAAGGUGAAGCGGAAGACGAAGGCUUGA